AUGGUGGUCGCUAGCGAUUCCGAAGGAAGCACGGAAACAGAGGAUCUUCCGAAGCCUUCGGUGUUCACCCGCAUUUUGGGUGCUAACUUUCGCCUGGAGGUCCUCUGCGGUUUGACUGUGGCCCUUGCGCUUGUCCCAGAAGCCGUCGCCUUUGCACUUGCUGCUGGGCUGCCCCCGGACGUUGGGCUGAAUUCCGCCUGGAUUAUCUCCGUCUUCACUGCCAUUUUUGGGGGCCGGCCUGGGAUGAUUUGUGGUGCCACGGGCUCUCUGGCCGUGCUCGUGCCCGGCACCGUCAGCCAGGAGCACGGCAAGGAGCUGCUCUUCUACGCCGUCAUCGUCAUGGGUUUGCUGGAGGUGGUGCUCGGCCUGCUCAGUGUGGGCACUUUGGUGAAGUUGAUCCCGGUCCCCGUCAUGAUUGGCUUCUGCAACGGCUUGGCCCUCGUGAUCGGCCUGGCUCAGAUUAGCAACUUCAAGGACCCGGAAGCCCUGCAUCAGCAUGGCCGUGAAUCCAGCGGCCGCCGCUUAGACAGCUUCCACGCCUUCACUGAUGGUGUGCCGUUCGUGCAGGGCAAGGUGUUGCUGUUCGCAGGGCUGAUCACGGCCUUGUCCUUCUUUGUGAGCCUCUUCCUGCCAAAGCUCUCCACGCGCGUGCCCUCGGCCCUUGUGGCCAUCCUUCUAGGCACGGCCUUCGAGUGGCUCGUGGCCAGGAUUGCUUUCGACACAAGAACGCCCAUUGUGGGGGACAUCGCCAGCCAGUGCGACUUCCCGGUGCCCUUCUGGUUCAACAGUGACUAUCCAAACCCGCCGCCCUUCAGCAAGGAGCUGCUCAUCAAGGUCCUGCCGCUGUCUGUGACGAUGGCGGCUGUGGGUCUGCUGGAGUCCCUCAUGACCUUGAACCUCAUCGAUGAGAUCACCAAGACUAAAGGGAACCCAACCAGGGAGUGCCUGGGACAAGGACUUGCAAAUCUGGUCUGCGGCUGCUUCGGGGGCAUGGGCGGGUGCGCGAUGAUCGGCCAGUCGAUGAUCAACAUCGGCUCGGGCGCUCGGUCGCGGCUGAGCUCCCUGUCGGCAGGAGCCUUCCUGCUGGCCAUUGUGCUUGUAGCCUACCCAGCCAUCAAGCAGAUUCCUGUCUCCGCCCUCGUAGGGGUGAUGUUUAACGUCUGCUUCCACACCUUCGAAUGGAGCUCGCUGAAGCUCAUCUUCUUGGCUGCGAUGCCUCUUCAAGCAAGACGCAGGUUCCUUAGCGCCAAGGCAAGCAGCCAACAAAUUAGGCGCACGGAUGCCCUGGUCAUCAUCGUCGUGACCUUGGUCACGCUCUUCACAGACCUGGCGACAGCCGUGGCGGUUGGGAUGGUGAUCUCGCUCUUUGUCUUUGCUUUGGAGACCUCGAACACGAUCCAAGUCGUGGCCCGGGAGGACAGCCGCGACGGCGUGAAGGUCUACGACGUACACGGCACGCUCUUCUUCGGCAGCACGUCGCACUUCUUGGAGCUCUUUGACGAGGACAAAGACCCAGAUGACGUGCGUUUGGUGUUUGAGACUGGGCAUGUGGCCGACUUCUCUGCAGUGCAGGCACUCAACAAGCUUGGUGAGCGUUACGGAUCCGUGAGGAAGCGGCUCACCCUGCAGCAGCUCAUGCCCAAAACACACCGCGUCCUCUCCAGAGCACAAGGGCUACUGGUCGAGGAGAUCACCCUGUCCUUGGACCGGGAAGAGGUUCUUCCCGCACGAGAAACGGCAAGCGCUGUCGUGGCCACACACCUCCACAUCGAGCGGAUACCCUCGGUGGAUCACUCCUUGCUCGUGGACAGGGAGCUGUCGAGGUCCGACGAGGAGGCUGGGCCCGGCCUAUAG